GCGUCGUGUCUUAGGUAUGAAGCAAUUAUGGAAGCUCUCUUGAAGGUUAUUAGCAGGUUCAUCAGAUACUGUACCUGGAUUCAAGGAUGCUUUUGGAAUUGUCUCGGCCACUUCCCAUAGAGCGAGGUACUGUCGAACCUCUUUCUCUUUUUUGCUUCCAUUGGGCGAUUGGUAAUAUCUUAGGCUGACAUUGCUUUGCUUGUCAGGGAGGUGUGUUUUCACGCCUCAUUGGUACCUCAAAAGCAUUGAAAAUGGCAACAUGGGGUUGCCAGCAACUCAUUCGUCAACAUAGCUCCAUGCUGUUCCAACCUGAAACCAACAGCGAGAUAUCACCUGCAUUGCGUGAACAUAUUCCUAUCACAACGUUAAGGUCUGAGAGCAACAGAUCUCUACAUCACGCCUAUUCACUCACCAUUUCUUUUGCUUCAUUACCCCUCCAGUUUUGCCAUCCUACUUUGAAAAUCACUCCUGGUUGGUAGGUUUGCACAAGCCUCAUGAACGUCUUUGCAUGCGGUGAGGCAUCGAAACUGCAUCAAGGAAAGACAUGACUCAAUGCUUAUAUUUCGGGCUAAAUAUGUAUGGGUAUGUAAUUUAAUAGACUGACUGAUUUCCAUAUGCUUGAUGGCGAUUGUGAUUGUGAUUUUAACCAUUCUCUACACAGGCCCGUCCGUACCUGCCGAACUACAGGAACGAGGGGACGGGACAAAAAGCUUUGAUUAGCAUCAAUUAUUAUUAGUAAGCCGCGCAAAGCUCAGGAUGAGCCGUGUGAGGUUUAUGUAAGUUUGCUACAGUGAUCUUUAAAGUGGGUAUGAGCGGAACAAUGUUCGCCGAGCCUCCAAUGACUUUCAUCUGUACUAUGAUGAAACCGCCAUUGUAGACCUUUUGAGAAAAGUCUACCAAUAUUCACCGCGCAGAUAUCUUUUCUGGACAAGAAGUUUGACUCUACUUCCUUCUAUGAUAAGUUUCAAUACUGUUCUUAGAAAAGUCUUCUACCAACCCUCACCCUAGCACACCCACUCCCUUCUGACUUGACCAUGGCUCAAGCACAACAGCCCAAAACUCCUUUGGAAAUUCUGCAAAUCCAGAUCAAUGCGAUUCUUAUAGAGACUGGCAAAGCUCUUCGCGCCACAGGUAUAGAGGGAGGUAAAUCCAUGGCCAUUUCCGCUAUAAGAUUACACUCGACUAUUCCAUCUAUAACCGACAACUUCCACCGAGCUUUGGACGACCUUGAGGCCGAGAUUAUACGAGCAAAAUCUGUUUUGGGUCGAGAUUUAGAGGAAUUGCGAUCGAAACGAAUUGCGGCAGAGAACCCGCCUGCUCAAAACGUAGAGAACCCCGUCCCACAUGAGCCCACACCACCUCCGCAUAUCCCAUACGAAGAUGUACCUUCAGCAAUAAAGCAAGAGACGAUUCAAGACAACAAUCCCACGCCAGCAAUUGCGAAGGAAGAGGAAACCCCAAUCAAAAGUGAAAUGACGAAAGAAACUAGAGAUGAGGAAGAAACGAAAGAGCCCUUGAUUUUGUCACCACCCAGUACAAACGACAACAAAUCCCAACCAAUUGGCCUUGGAAUAAACACUACACUUCCCGCCUCCACAGACGCCCCUGAACCGGUCACAGGGGGCGGACAAGAUUCUUCGAUCGAUUCCCUUUUCGACAAUCCAGACAGCGCUGUCAAUGUAGAUUCCGCAGCUCUCAACUUCGACAACAUGGAUUUUUCAAUGCUGGACGCAGCCACUAAUACUCAAAGUCAAGAUAAUAACCACACACAAAAUACCGACUUUGACCUAUCCACGUUUGGGAGCAACCCUCAAGAUUUCAACAUGAACGACUUACAACCUUCUAACGAGGCUUCUUCUAAUAGUAAUAAUAAUAAUAGCGCAAACAUCACUACGACAGCCACUAAAGGAGAUAUGAUGGAUGAUAUCCUUAACAUGACUGCUGGCAGUGAUACGAAUGACAACAAUAAUAACAAUAAUAACAACAUGGACAUGGACUCAAAUCUGGAUAAUAUGGUUGGAGCCGAUGAAAGUGUAUUUGAUAGUCUAUUCUUUGGGAAUGAUGACGAUGCAAAUGUUGGAGGGGAAAUAGGCGAAAUGGAGCAUGGUCAAUUCGAUAAUGCAUUCUUUGGUAUUGAUUAAAAGCUUGUUGGGUAUACACCAUUGGAAAGAGAUAUAAUUUUCAGAACUUCAAAAGAAGAGUGUAAUUAUAGAGACAUAUUUUUGGGGCAUAGGGAAGAAUAUAAUACCUACAUCGAGGAUCUUGAUUGCUCUAACGUUCUUUUCGGAAAAUCAUCCAAUGUAAUCAAGUUCUUACAAACUAUCAGAGAUGUUUUCAAGCGAAACUUACUGAUAUUCUCAGUUUUCUUGACUGUGGCUCGAGUUUCCACGAAUCUAUGCAUGGCUAUACACAACACUCUUCUCACCAGCUCAGACUGCAAUCUGUUAAGGCGAAAGUUCUUGAUAUUUGUAUCACUUCAUAUUCAGUCACUCAAUUAUGUGUUCCACA